AUGUCAGUUGUGGUUAGAGAACUAGAAAGUGGUGGAUUAAAAAAUAACAAUUUAGAAUCAUGGUAUAAUUGCCAUGUGUGGUCUCCAAUUGUAGACCAAGGAUUUGGAAAUAUAAAAGGAGUUUCUGUAGUUCGUGGAGAGAGUGCUAGUAUUGCAACAUCUGUGGCCAAGAACACAGGAAGGUCAAGUACUGCAGAAAGAAAAAAAAUGGGUGAUCAUGGUGAUUGGAUUCUCCAAACUACUGGGAAGGGUGAUCUUGAAGAGUUUGGUGCAGGAGAAGCAGGGCAUAUGUGGUUUGAUGAAUAUGGUAGUAAAUUUUUGUUUGAAUCAAAAUUGAAACUUCCGAAAAUUCUUAAAAAUAUGCUGGUGAAGUUAAUGAAAAAAGCAAAUUGGAACAAAAGUCAAACCAAACAGAUGCAAACUAUUGGUAUUAUACAUGCAGGAUUAUUGAUGAUGGUUUUGUAUAUUGAUAACCCUAAUGGAUAUAUUUGCAGAUUGAACCAAAGUGAAAUGAUGGAAAUUUUAGAUAAUGAAGAUCUUUCAUCUGUUUUGUUGGUUUUGGCUGCUGUUCUUAAUUUAAAAUCUUCAGUAGAAGAGACAAUAAAAGCUGCUCAAAAUAAAACAAAGCCAACAUUUGAAAAGGCUGGUAUGCCAAGACAAUCUUUUGAUGCUAGAUAA